GAUGAUGGUAUGGAUGUUGUUGUCGGUGAGGAGGCGGAGGAGGAGGAGAACAAUGGGUUGAAGGAGGAGAGUGAGGGAGUCAGUCUGGAUAGAGCAGCGGAGGAUCAAGAAGUGACGGGCACGGGGACGGGAACAGCUACGGCAGCGGCAGCAGCAGCGUCGAGAACAGAUGGCGAAGGACGUGAUACGGAAAUGGUUGAUGCACCUGGAGGUGCUGAGGUUGGUGCCAUGGAUGGGUCAACAGCACCACCACCACCACAAACAAGAAGGUCGGCUCGAUUGGCGCGGCGCGCAAAGUUGCAGGUUCCCCUGGGCACGAAACAUGAGGCGGAGCGCUGGCGCAAUGGCGAUAUAGCGGAAGUCUACGAGGAUGCCUUGCGCACUCUGCUUCGACUGCAGGGUGAAGCUCUAGUCGGGCAGGCCGCUACAUCGGACGUUGAGGGUGCAGACGGGAACGCUCUGGCUUCAACUCUGGGGAAGGCCGAACGCGCUGGUCGGGCGGUCGAGGUUGUGGAAAAGAAGAAGUGAGGGGGUUGUCUCGAUGUCCUUGCCGUCCCUGCUCUAUCCUCUCUUUCACUUUCAUUUUGGAUUUCAUUGAAUUUUCGUUAUCGGUACUGGAAUGGCGUCGGUAGCCUAGGUAGGCUUGGGAUGAUACCAAAUUGAUUUAUGGUG